CUAACACUCGCGCAGACAACAUUCGCAGAAGUAACAGAGCGUACUUUUGAGCUCUCCUAAUGUAAAAUGUGUGAAACAUCGUUUGCUUCAGGUCUGCAGGAGCGCAUGCAGUGUCUCCAGGAGCUCACAGACUUCACAGAAAACUGUCAAGCUGAGCUGAAGGAUUUGUUUGAGGCGCUGGGAUGGAAACAGGAAUUAGAAACACAUGCAGCCCAGAUGGAAAUCUGUCCAUACGAUCCAAACCACACAGUUCCACAGGACAGGAUGGAGAAACACAAAGCCGUCUGUUGGCUCACACAGCAGGGAUACUCUAAAGAAGAACAGGCUGAAAUGUAUGAUCCAUCAGCAUACUAUGAGCAAGCUAACAUUACUUCCAUUACCCUAGAAAAAGACACAUUUCAGCAAAUAAUUCUUCAGAGCAGGGAAAAUGCGUCUCAUGGGAGAUCAACAGGACUUCACACACAAAGUGACACAUCUGCAGAUCUCCCGGACAUCCCUCAGAACCAUAAGCGCUCAUUAUGUGACCUUACUGUGGCAGACCGGUUGGCCGUCUAUGAUCAUGUGAUGUAUGAAGCCAGCCAGCAGAGUGCAAAGAGAGAAUCCAACAAUGAGGAUCUUUAUGUAGAUCUUGUUGCUAAGCUUAAAAAAGGUACUGGAAUUAGAUCAUCAAAUAUCCCUGAUUCAUCUUUUAUUAUGUGUGAUUUAGUCCAUUAUGGAAAUAUCCUACAUUUUGCUCAUUAUGGCAGUUACCUGUGAAACAGUGUUAAUUUCGUCAACAAAAAUGGCUUGACACAAACAGAAACUUCACACGUUUGCUGCGCCAGCAAUGUGACUGAAUGAGCGCACUCCAGUCUGUUUAUCUAACGAAUGAACGGUGCAAUUCAGCAGAUUCUAACAAAAAUUUUG